UUGACGCGAAUUCCCCCAAAAAGAAAAAAAAAAAGGAAAAAUAGAAGGGACAGGAGGAGGCGACUCGCGAGUCGGCGCAACGCGAUGCGGCCCGCGGCCUCCAAGGCGGCGGGGAAGGAGAAGGGCAGGAGGAAGGGCGGCGCCGCCGGCGGCCAGCUGCUCACCGACCAGGUCCUCUCCCUCCGCGCGCGCCUCCACAACGCCCUCGCUCUCGGCCUCGCCAAGUCUGAUGGCCGUCCAAAGAAGUGGCAGUCUACUUGUGCUGGAGUACAGUCUCAUGUGCUCAGAGCAGCAACAUCGUUUAUUGGCUGUUUGUCAAAUGAGCUGAUGCGGCUUCCUCCUAUAAAGGAGUCGAUUUCGGAUAUACUCAUAGCAUUGGAAGGUAUUCUUCAGUCCAAGAAUGAGUCGGUUCUUAUCCCAGCAACAGAUGUGAGCUUUAAGUUAGUUUCGACUGUAGGCAAUUUAGCUCGCCAAUACCCAAUUUUAGAGAUCGUUACAUCUCUCUCCUGUCAGCUGGCAGCAGACCAGAUACCUAUAAUUAUCUCUUCUGCCAGUGCAAUGAACGGCAUAUUGAACACCCUAGCGACAGCGAGAGGUUCAGUUCACAUAGAAAUUUGGGAAGCUUUGGAGAAAACCGGUGCAGUUUUAAGUGUAAGUGUGGCUCUACAGAAUUACUCCCACGACGUGCAUCCAUUAAACUAUCUGAUGGAAAUGAUGUCUCUGCUAAGAAUUAUACUGUGGAUUUGGCCUUCUUCGAGAUACCAUGUAUGGAGUAACUCCAACUUGAUGGGAAAGCUAGCACAAUACUGUGUUCCCUCUGAAAUUGAUGUUGCUGUUAGGGUCAUCAAACUAUAUGCUGCUAUAGCUUUAUGUGGCAAUGGUGCAAUGACCCUUCUGAAAAAUGAAGAAUUGAUGGCUAAGGUUGUUCGGCUUAUGGGGAAGUCCCAUCCAUGUGCUGCUAGGAUUGAAGCAUUGAAAUUCUGUCAGAUUCUUUUGAGAUCUUCAAAGGGGUGUGAUAUGUUAAUGGCUCGACAUGGUCAGCACAUCACUGAAGGCAUAGUUAACGCAAUGUCUACAGAUGGUGAAAAAAUGUUAAUAACAGAGGGGUGCCGCACUGCACUACUGGUUCUUCGUAAUUCUGGGGAUCAUCAUCGGCUCUUUUGGUCUAAUGCUAUUGAUGAUGUAUUAUAUAACAUUCUUACUAGUAGCUGCAUCUCCUCAGAUGAAGUCCAUCAGAUUUUGUCCCAUGAUGAGCUGGUCAAUAUGGUUCUCAAGAAUUUCAUGGAUAUACAUACCUACGUAUGGGAUAUACUUGGAAAUCUAGCGGUACAUUGCAAUAAUGAGUAUCUCUCUGUUAGGGAAGGGAAAGGCUGUGCCUUGCGGACACUGAUACAUUGUGUUUGCUCAGUUGCAACAGAUGCUAUGCAGAAAAGUAGCACCAUGAAAUUAUCCAAGGAUGUGCAUGAGCCGGCUUUGAGGGCUGUUCUGAUGAUGCUUCUCUCAUCCAGUGGAUACAUUUUAUCUGAGGCAAGUUCUAAACUCUUACAAGUUUUCUCUUUAGGUGAUGACUGUUUGAAUAUUCUGUUCACAUCGUUAGAAUCAAAUACGACAAGAAGCAUUACCGCAUCUUUUGACAGUGUUAAAAUUAUGUCCAACCUCAUGAGUCUAGCGGGCAUGGUGAUGUUACAACCUUCCCAUAAUCUCCUUAACACAGGGAGUGCUGUAGCUGUACUAUCCACCAUUAUCAAGGAAUGUCUACACAAUAAUGUACAUCUCACGAGGUCAAAAGUUGCUUCUCAUCUGCAAUUUUGUUUUGACGGAGUUUCAUGUUGUACUCUUGUUGAAGAAUGGGAAGGUGACAAUAUUGCUUUAUUCUAUGGUCUCAUGGUGUUGUUUAAUCUACUGAAGAGCAUCAAUUUUGUUUGUAUUCACUGUAAAAGGAAUUUGGAUAUGGGCAUUGUGUGCAGUGAUUGCAGAGAUCAUUAUAGUGAAGAUCUGAUUAGAGUUCUUCAAAAUGUGUUAUGUCAAAACUUGAGCUCAGGACCGAAGUUGUACAUUUCACAUAUACUGAGUUUGUUUGGCCUGUGUGGUUUUCCAAGCAAGUUGGGAGGAAAGAUGAAAGGGGCCUUAGAUGAUAGUGAGCUAGCUGAUCUGGAACUGUUGCUUUCAGAUGGUGAAUCUUUAAAAGCUCAUUCAGCCAUCAUUUCAGUAAGGUGUCCAAAGUUGUUGCCAUCUGUAAAAUCCCUUGGUAGUGAUGGAAAAAUUACUGAUGAAUGGGACAGACCAUUUUAUCGUGUUCGAAUGUCUGAUCGUGUGGAUAGUUUUGCCUUGAAGAAAAUUUUGGAAUAUGCAUACACAAGUUUUGUCAUGGUAGAUGACAAUGUUAAGACAGUAAGGACACUUGCAAAGUACUGUCACUUGAAAUCAUUACAAGAGAUGCUUCAAAAAAAUCAGCCCAGGUGGAACUCUGAUUGUCCUAGAUAUGAUCUUACUGCAGCACUUGCACCAGUUAAAAAUUCAUUCUCGGAUAUUAUUCUGGAAGCUCAAUCCAAUGAAGAAAUGAAGUGUGGCUUAUGCCAACUAUCGACUCCGCAUGUUCAUUGCCAUAAGAUUGUACUGAGCAUGAACUGUGAUUACCUUCGGGCAUUAUUUCAAUCUGGGAUGCAUGAAAGCUUCUCAGAAGUUAUCAAAGUUCCAAUCGGGCGGCAAGCGUUGGACAAACUGGUCCACUGGUUCUACUCAGGCGAUCUACCCAAAAUCACCCCGGACUGCCGAUGGCGAAACCUGAACAGCGAGGAGCAGCUUUCUCAGCUGCGGCCUUACGCAGAGCUGUCAUCGCUGGCUGAAUUCUGGUUCCUGGAGGGAGUGAAGGAGGAGAGCCUCGCAGUGGUCACCUCCUGCCUUAGUUCUACCAGCACGGCCGCCGCCGUCGAGCUCGUCGGCUUCGCGGCUCAGCUGGAGCAGUGGGAGAUGGUGGAGGCCGCCGUCGGCAGCGUCGCCCAUCUGUACCCGAAGCUGCGGGACUCCGGUCAGCUGGAGCAGCUUGACGACGAUUUGCUCGACAUGCUGCGGACCGAGUACGUCAGAUACUCGCAGCACGGCGGUAGAAGUAACCGAGCUUAAACAUGAGUAGGAUACACCGAAAUGUUGCGAGAUCUACAAUAGAUAGGGCAUGUAAAAUUGGGAUGAUAUGAUUAUAUGAACUGUUUGUUGUGCUCAUAUUGUUCAGAAUUGGUAGUGGAAUGCAAAAAUGUCUGGGACCGUAAACGCAUUGUUAUUGGGACGACCGAAAGAUAAUUGUUCAAGAUGUCGUAAU